UUUGCAAAGGGAAAAGAGACUGGUUUGAGGGGAUCUAAUUUCUAAAAGUCGCCGAUGACUAGGGCACAGUUUUAACGGUUUCGAGUUGAUUUCUAGUCAAAUUCGGGUCACCCCGUAGAACGAGAAGCAAGGGAUUUUUCACGGGAGAGGACUCUGUAGAGGACACCUUUGAAUACAAACAUUUUAAAGCUUUGCUAGGGAUCCGCAGUGUGUGGACAGAAGUAUUGUUUUGGUUGUGGAAGCUGUGUGGAAAGCGACGGGGGUCUUACCCAGGUCCCCUUAUUCGCUAUUCAGAUCAUCCAGAGUGGACAUAAAACGGCCUUGUGGAUGCACUUAGAUGUCUGCAAUGACUGCUGUGGCUGGCAUGCCUCAGUGUUUUGGACUCCCAUUCUCUGGACUCAGUAGGACAAGAACUGAUCAGCAGAGAACGUCAUGAGCAUAGUCAUCCCAGUAGGGGUGGACACAGCAGACACCUCAUACCUGGACAUGGCUGCGGGCUCAGACAGACCAGAAUCGGUGGAGGCCAGCCCUGUGGUGGUGGAAAAGUCCAGCUACCCACACCAGAUCUACAGCAGCAGCUCUCACCAUUCCCACAGUUACAUUGGCCUGCCUUACGCUGACCAUAACUAUGGGGCGCGGCCCCCACCCACACCACCGGCCUCCCCUCCCCCCUCCAUGUUGAUCCGACAAGGAGAGGGGGGGUUGUUUGUUCCAGGGGGCCAGGACGAAGCAUCUAGGGGCACCACGCUCAGCACCUCAGAGGAUGGCAGCUACGGGGCUGACAUCACCCGCUGCAUCUGUGGCUUCACCCACGAUGACGGCUACAUGAUCUGCUGUGACAAGUGCAGUGCCUGGCAGCACAUAGACUGCAUGGGCAUCGACAGGCAGAACAUUCCUGAGACCUACCUGUGUGAACGCUGUCAACCACGACACCUGGAUCGAGAGAGGGCCAUCCUACUGCAGACCAGGAAACGAGAAUGUUUGUCUGAUGGGGACACCAGUGCUACAGAGAGCGGAGAUGAGGUGCCACUAGAGCUGUACUCCACCUUCCAACACACGCCUACCACCAUCACCCUCACUACGGGGCGCCUUGGCAAUAAGCAGACUGAUAAAAAACGUAAAAAGAGUGGUGAUAAAGAGCCUCCAGCAUCUUCUGCCCGAGCUAAGAAGGCCUUCCGAGAAGGGUCCAGAAAAUCCUCCAGAGUAAAGGGUGCAGCUCCGGAGCAGGAGCCGACAGAGCACCCGUCUCUGUGGGAGAACAAGAUCAAGACGUGGAUGGAGCGUUACGAGGAGGCCAGCAGCAAUCAGUACAGUGAGGACGUCCAGGUCCUGUUGCGUGUUAAAGAGCAAGGCGACGGGAAGAGCCUGGCGUACAACACGCACCCCGCCUCUUUCAAACCGCCUGUGGAGAGUCAAGUUCAGAAGAACAAGAAGAUCCUCAAGGCGGUGCGAGACUUGGCCCCAGACUCCCUCAUCAUUGAGUACAGGGGAAAGUUCAUGCUUCGACAGCAGUUUGAGGCCAACGGAUACUUCUUCAAGAGGCCAUACCCAUUUGUGUUAUUUUAUUCUAAAUUUGACGGACUGGAGAUGUGUGUGGACGCUCGCAGCUUCGGCAACGAGGCACGCUUCAUCCGUCGCUCCUGUACCCCCAACUCUGAAGUGCGGCACGUCAUCGAGGAUGGCAUGCUGCAUUUAUACAUCUACUCACUGAGGCCUAUCAACAAAGGCACAGAAAUCACCAUUGGUUUUGAUUAUGACUAUGGCAGCUGUAAAUACAAGGUGGACUGUGCCUGUGUGAAGGGGAACCAGGAGUGCCCGGUGCUCAAGCACAAUCUAGAACCCACAGAGAACCUGGUCGCCGGAGGCCGGCGCCGGGGGAGUCGCAAGGACAAGGAGACGGUGCGGGACGACCAGGGCCAGAACCAGAACAUGGGUUUGGACGGUGAGGGCAAGAGCAAGACUGUAGGCGACGGCAAACAGAGGAAACUCUCUCCUCUGCGCCUCUCCAUCUCCAACAACCAGGAUCCUGAGUUAUAUGAGGAUCUAGAAGACAGAACCUCCGUUAGCAAUGAAGUAGAGAUGGAGUCAGAGGAGCAGAUUGCAGAGAGGAGGAGGAAGAUGGCCAGCCCAGAGGAGCAGUCCCAUCUCCCUGUCUGGGCGGCUUCCAGCUGGAAGAGACUGAAACACAAGGAGACACGAGAAGAGAGGAAGAUGGAGGCCAUCCUGCAAGCCUUUGCCCGGAUGGAGAAGAGGGAGAAACGUAGAGAGCAGGCCCUGGAAAGAAUCGGGAGCGUCAAGACGGAGGUCGGUGGCCGCAGUGACAUCAAGGAGGAGCCUCCAGCCACGCCGGAGACGGCAGAUUCUCCUGCUGUCAUGCAGCCACUUCUGGAGGUGAAAGAGGAGCCAGGUUUAAAGCCGGCCAAGGUCAAAAGCUCAAGGAACAGGAAAAGUUUCUCAAGGAACCGCACGCACAUCGGCCAACAGCGCCGGCGAGCUCGCACCAUCAGCACCUGUUCCGACUUGGCCCCUGGCUCCCCGACUGAGUCGGUGGAGCCUCUGACCAAUGAGGCCCCCGAAGGAGAGACGCCCACCGCACCAGAGCCUGAGGCCAUCCUCGCCCAAGCACCGGACACCAGCCCUCCACAGAGCAGCUCACCCGCACCCGACAGAAACCGCACCGGGAGCAAGAACUUCAAAACUAAAAAGCACUUUGUGAGUGAGUGGGUGGGAGAGAAGCAGCAGGACCGCGGCGCAGUACGGACCCCAGAGCCGGCCCCCGAGAGGCCGCUCAGAAUAAGCAGUGACCCCGAAGUACUUGCCACACAGCUCAACGCCCUCCCAGGCAUGGCCUGCUCUCCGCAGGUCUACAGCACGCCCAAACACUACGUCCGCUUCUCGUCCCCGUUCCUGGUUAAUCGCAGCCCCACCACUCCAGGAGUCCCCACAGGAAGACGGCGCUCCAGAGAACUGCCUGAAACGCCGCCAACCACUGGCUCCUGCAAGAAGCGAUGGUUGAAGCAGGCUCUAGAGGAGGAGGGCUCCACCAGCCCAGCCAGACGACCGAGUCUUCUCAUGCCCAGUGAGGGUCCCCUCAGCCCCUCCAUCAACGGAGACUCUGACAGCCCUCUACCCUACAACGGCACCUGCUCACUACCAGAGUUGCCCACACCUUUGAAAAAGCGCCGGUUGAGUCCAUUAGACGCCUGCAUGUCCGAGAGCUCGACACCGUACGGCUCACCUUGUGCCACGCCCACCAGGGCAGACCAAUCGGAGACACCCGCAACCCCCAUCUUACUGGCUACCCCACCGCGUCCCCGAACCGAGGAGCCAAGCACAGAACCCCCACCCAGCACCCCAACGCAGCCACUUAACGCCCUUCAGGAGAGUGAAUCUUCAGUAGAAAACUCCCCAGAGGUCAGCCGGAAACCCAGCGUGCAAGAGGCCGACCGUCCUCCUUCGUUGGUCUCCUCUCCCUGCGUCAGAGCUCCCAGUUCAGACGGACUCCCGACAGAAGCCAAGGUCUCAGUUCCUGAGAGUCCACAGCCUCCAGCUGCUGAGUCCGUGGACUGCGGAGAGGACCGAGCAGAUGGCAUCGUCGUGGAGGGCGGUAGCGAGGCUUCCUCGUCCGCAGAAACGUGUGCUUCCUCUUUUUCUGGCUGGAUCAAAAGCCCAGACAGAGGCCCGACUGGACCAGCUGGCCUGAACUUCUCUCCAGUCAACUCAAACUUAAGGGACCUCACCCCCUCACACACCCUGGAGCCUCUGGUGGCUCCCUUCAGGCCCGAGGCUGCAGCUGGGGCUGCGGCAGGGUCCGCAGCGGGGACAGGGUCGUUGGUCGGCUCUCAGGCCCCCUUUAGUGAAGGCCAGGGGCAGCUCUUUUACCCCUGCUCCGAGGAGGGAAGCUCACUCGGCUUCUCACGUUCACUGAAUGGGGACACCGCUGGCGAAGGAGGAGGGUCGGCACAGAAUCCUCCACAGAAGAAAAAGGUGAGUGAGAAGUACUGA